AUGGAGAACAAAAUUAUUCUUAUUAUUUUAGCCGAUGUCGUCGGAUGGGGAUAUUUUCUCUGCUGGACAGUGUCUUUUUUGCCCCAGAUCUACGAAAAUUGGCGACGAAAAUGUGUGGUGGGUUUUUCCUUCGACAUGCUUGCGUAUUUUCUUCUCAGUUAUAUUACCUAUCUGAUUUACAACGUGACUGUAUUUUUCGACCCUGGCUUGGUUUUCGACAAUUCCGGCGAAGAUAACCCCGUUAAAACCACCGAUGUGGUGUUCGCCAUUGUUGCAUUUAUUUGUACAUCUUACCAAGGAAUUCAAUGCUUGAUGUACGAUCGUGGAUCACAAAAGAUACACUCCAGCACUAUCGUGGUUUGUGUUGGCUGCUUGGUCGCCUUGUUUAUCCUGGUUGUUUUAAAGUGUUUUGGUAUCGGUUCGUGGUUUUUGGUCCUGCAGUAUUGUGGAUAUGUGAAGCUUGUUGUCUCGUUUGGGACGGUGAGUUUGUUUUGUUUUGUUUUUGUUUUUUGUUUUUUGUUUUUUGUUUUAAUUUGAGUAGUCUAAUGUCUAAUCAGUUUGGGCACAACAUUCGCAGAGUUACUCGUGUACUACAUAAUAACAUUUUAUCCAUUUUCUAACAUCUUAUUUGUAAUAAAAUACAUUAUCUAAGUAGCUGUUAGGGCCUCAUGAUCGUCAAUUUCAUGACGUCACGGUGGCCAUUUUGUGAACGUGUACCAAAUCUUGUGGGAAAUGAACUCUUUUCUCAUGUAAAUUCUUGUUCCAAGAAAUUUGCAUGGCUGCUGACCACGUGAGUGACAAUUAUCUACCAGUACACCUGGCACGCACAGUUUUCCCUCCCAAAGACUGAGCUCAGAGACAUUACUUAACACUCUCAACUCCUUUAGAUUUUAAUUGUCAUAAACAAUUUUGCUUGCACAUGAAAGGACCCCUUCCCCAAUUAUUAGCUGCCCCUGUCUGUCUCAGGAGGACAAUAAAUAAUAGUAAUAAGUCUAAUAGUACCAAAAGCAAGAACAAACUAUUUUAGGAAUAGUUUUGCUUCUGCAGGUGCUAAGCUCUGGAAUUCCAUUCCUGCCAGUUUAAAGGAGAGAAUUCUUUUAAACAAUUUAAGGCUGAGAUUGGGUUAUUAUACUAUCUACACAAGCAUCAUAAUUUUAGUUUUAUUAGGGAAAGUUCAUUUAAUAUGACGGGGGAUGAAGAUAUUGAGGGGGGCUCCAAAAAUUUUAGACACCCAAAGGGGGGCUCUGAAAAAAUUGUUGCGCUUAGGAGGGGGCUCGAAAAUUUGUAUACUUCAAAACCAACACAUGUCAUCAUCAUACAGAUCAGAUGGUUUUCAACUCAACAAUUUAAUGACCUGUGCAACUCAGCUAUAUCACGUGGUUUACAGAUAUAACAAAUGUAGUCUCAGUAAUUAUUACACUCUUGUUCAUCCCAAAAAUGCUUUAGAAAAUUGUAUCACAACUGUAUCUCAAGUUUGUCAUAGUAUAAACCAUUGAAGACAAUAACGGUAAAUAUAUUUAAUACAGUCUAGCGAUCUUUUUUCAGGGGAGCAAAGGAAUUGAAGGAGGAGGGGGGGGGCUCUGAAAUUUUUUUCCACUACCAAGGAGGGGGCUCCUAAAAAAUUGAACUGCUAGCGAGGGGGGCUGCUAAAAUUUCAAGCUUCGAGUUUCAAUAUCCUCAUCCCCCUUGUCAUAUUAAAUGAACUUUUCCUUAUUAGGUUUAAUAUUGUGUGUGAUCUCUUCUUAGUUUAGUUUUUAGAUAUAUAAUUGUCGAUAUUUUGUUAAUUAAUUAAUGCAUGGCUUUUAGGUAGAACAGGUACUUUAAUUAUUGUAAAGUUAUUUGAUAUUUGGGUGAAAAAAAGUUUUCACUCACUCACUCACUCACUCACUCACACCUAGAGAUUGAAAGCUGACAAGCAGAAUCUUUUAACACACCCUGGCCGAACCCGUAAUCAGGGGACACUUGCCUGUGUCUCUGGGAUGUUACCUGAGGUGAUGUUCCACUGUAUUGCUUUCCCGGGAGUAUGUGCCACCAAACAGGCUAUGGUUUUUGAGGUCUUGAUAAUCUCCUAAAAAGACUACUCAAAAACUAGUCAGUUUUCAUCAGCCAGUCCUGUUACUGAAAAAUAUGUGCCAAACUCUGUUGAUUAGCCACUUACAAAGUCAUUUACUCUCAUCAUUGGCAAGAAUAUACUAAAAUCAACCAAAGCCUGUUACUCAAAUUCUACUUCAAGAGGUUAGAAUAGAAAAUUCAAGACACUGAGACUGUGAGAUCAAUACCAAGAUUUUUAAAGAUUUGUUAAAGAUUUUUAAAAGCAUUUUUAUGAAUAUAAGCCCAUGGUUUACCUGUAAAACUUCCAAGCCUGAGACUCUGAGUGCCAAAAUUUCAAGUAGUGAUAUAGAUAUAACGCAGAGUGAAGACUGGUGAUAAGCUGUUCCAAAGACAGUACAGCUGGGUAAGAAUUGUUCAGUUAGAAGCAUGAUGUUUAGCGCCAUGUUUUAAACAAAUGGGAAAAGCCAGUGGUUUUAUCUAUUCCCUGUGAUGUUUCGAGCGAAGUAAGAAGACAAUUGAAAACGGCAAUGUAGUUCUACUGAGUCAUUUAGGUUUAUAUAUAUCUAUCUACCAUUUAUUUGCCUCCAUCACAAAAAUUGAUGAUUCAUGCAAAUAUGUACAGUUGUUUCAUCAUACACUGUAUAUGUUGGUUAUUUACCGCUGCUAAAAGAAAAUAAUAUAUGCGUGACACCUUACAAAAUUUUGCCUGUGGCCUUUUUUGGCUGAGUAAGGAAACACUAGGUACUGGUGAACAUUUUCUCAAGGAAAAAUGUUGGAACCAAUAAUAUUCCUGUACAUACACUUAAAGACAACAGAUUGCCAAAUUUGGAAACUUUGCAGCACUUUCCAAAAUUAGAAACAUUCUUGCAUGGUGCCCUUAAAACAUAUAUUUUCUUUUAAUUUUUCAGUAUUCUCCUCAAGUGUGGCUGAAUUUUAAACGUAAGUCCACCACAGGAUUUCAUAUUGGUGGGGUACUGCUUGAUUUUGGAGGUGGAGUGCUCAGCUUGCUACAAAUGGAUAUCUACUGUUUUAUUGAACACAGUAUCAAUCAACUGACAGGCAACAUUCCCAAAAUGGCACUUGCUGUGGUCACACUCCUAUUCAACAUUAUCCUUGUUUGGCAGCACUAUGUUUUCUACCUUGGUAAUGAACUUGUUGGUGCUGAUGAGCAGAAACCAUUGCUGAGAGGUGCCAAGAAAACAAAGUUUUAUUCAGUUGAUGUCAAUUCUGAAGAAGGCGAUUUUCAGGUGACUAGUUUGUCCCUCUCAGUAGACGAGAACACAGAAAACCCAAGAAGUCGUAAAUCAAAUUCACAAGAAUCUUUGGUGUAAGAAUUUCUCAUGGGUAGAAAUCUAUCAGGGGACUUGAAACUACACAUGAGCUAAAAUGCUCAACUGGUUUUGCCAGAGUUAUUGGGUAGCAGAAUACAGGGGUUUUAAAUCAGGCUAACAGUGGUUUUAUUUUUCAGCUAGUACCACUAACAAUUUGGGUGUACAAUGUUUUAUACAUUUUUCAAUAUUAUGGGUACAUCUUAAUUAAGAGAGAUUUUUUAGUAUAAUGUUAGUAUUAAUAUACCACUAAAUGUAGGUCCAUGACCAUCUCAAUCUCUUGGGUAGGGGUUGGUUUAAGAUGGUUGGGGUACUACGAAUAUGAUGAUAAAAAUUUCCAAGAAUAAACUAUUUAUAAUGUAUCGAGCACUUGAGGUGCCAUAAUGCUGAGUUAAAAAGAUUUAUUAGAGAAAAAAGUCCCAAUUUAUAAAUCCAAUGUAUAUUCUAAUCAUGGGGAUGUAUUCCACCUUGUGGGUCACCAUUCCUCUCUUAUAAU